GAGUGUGUGUGUGUUUCACGCUGAGGAACUGGUGUGUGUGUGUACAGAAGAAUCAGUAAUGAUGAAGUGCUUGUAUCUUUUGUCUGUCGUGUUUCACGUGGCUGCAGGCUGUGAUCUCUCUGGUGAUAAUCAUCAGGUGUUUAAUGGAUCCCAAGGAGGUUCAGUUCUGUUACCCUGCUCCUGCUCUGACCUGAACACCAAACCUCAGACAUUCACCUGGAGGACCUACAGAACAGGACCUUCGACUGACAUGUUAAAUGAUGAACACUACCGUGGCAGACUUCAGCUGUUUAAUAACAUUUCUCCUGGUAAUCUGUCUCUGUUCAUAUCUGACCUGAGAGAAGAAGAUGGGGCAGACUACAGGUGCAGCACUGAGAAGGAAUACAGAGACAUGAAGAUUAAUGUUAAAGUAGGAAGAAGAGAAACUUCAACACACUCGGGGAAAACAGACAGAAGACCUCCAUCAGAACAGCCUCCAUGUAAAACAACAAACUCUCCACCUUCAUCAUCCUCAACAACACUGGAACAAGAUAAACAACAAACUCACAGCAGCCUCCCUCUGGGCUGUGAGCUGGUGAAGAAGGCAGAGGUAGAGGACAUCACUGUGUUCACAGGAGAGUCUGUAGUUCUGCCCUGUGUCUGCACUGACCUACAGAACAAACCAAAGUCUCUAAAAUGGGAGUUUUCAAUACCAACAGAAUCUAAUAGCAAUCAUUAUCAGGAAAUUUACCCUGAACAGACUGGACAUCACAGAAACAGAGUCAAACUGGUCAGUAAAAACUCUCCAGGAAACCUCUCUCUACUCCUAUCAGACCUGACUGAAGAGGACCAGGGAAACUACAGAUGUUCUGUACAGGCAGAGAGAAAAGAUUUCAGACUAAAUGUUAAAGUAGGAAGAAGAGAAACUUCAACACACUCGGGGAAAACAGACAGAAGACCUCCAUCAGAACAGCCUCCAAGUAAAACAACAAACUCUCCACCUUCAUCAUCCUCAACAACACUGGAACAAGAUAAACAACAAAUUCACAGCAGCCUCCCUCUGGUGUUUGGCAUUGCUGCGGCUUUUCUGUUGGUGAUAGUCGGUGUAGUGGCAUUUAUUUGUUGGAGACACAAAGGAGGAAGAUGUGGAAAGAAGGUGAUUACUGAAGGACGUCCAAAGCAGAAGGAUCAGACUGUACCUGAUGUUACUUACUCUACUGUAAGCCACAUUCACACAGCCGGAGCAGCUCGGGUCCAGAUCAACGCUGGAGAGAAAACCGAAUACGCCAGCAUUGUAACAAACUAAUCUGCAGUAAAUAUAUAGAAUAAUGCUGAAAUCAUACAGUAGAUUAAAUACAUACCAUGAUAAGCACAGGAUUCAGGAUAUUGACUUGAUUUAUUUUCCUGUGAUUUUUUUUUUUUCUAGCCAUAAACAACAGACUUAAUCAUAUGUGUGCUGAUGAAUAAUCUCAGAAAUCAUUUUUGAGCAUAUGUGUCAUUUUAUAUCUUUUGUGAAGCAUUUUUUAAACAGAAAAAAGACAAAAAGACAGAAAAAAUGAAGUUCAUCACCCUGUUUUGUGUAAGACGACUGCUGUAGAAGUUGUGUUUGUUUGUGACUGUCGUGGGAAAGUCGUCUGGACUGAAUGUGGAUUUCAAAAUGAGUUUUUGUAAAACACACUUAUAGUUAGUUAAAGGGUUUGUGACAGUGGUCUUGUUGAGUGUGGAGUAUUACACAGUAUUCUUUCUGCAUGGUACAAUGUUGGUUAACUGAAGCUGUGAGAAAGAUGCAGUUGUCAUUCUCCCAUCAGCCCCCACGUUGCCCUGACCACAGUCAUAUGGUCACUUUGACAUGCUGGGUAUCUCUCAUUGGCUCUGCAGAACUAUGAGAAUGCUAGUUGUUCAUGUGUCUGUGGUUUUAUAAACUGUGAAUACUUGUCAGCGUCCUUAUUAAAAAGUCUCUGGUGCAUGGGGGGAGGGGAAUCACUGGUCCACCUGCGGUCAAUCCUAACGUCCUCUACAUUAGUUGGCUCUGUACACAGUGACCUGGCUGAUGCUUGAUAAUGUCUGUAUAGCUGAUAUUAUUGUGUGAAGUUAUCUUCAUGCUGAUGAAUUGUACAACCUGCUUCACUGUGAGAACAAGUGCUGAGAACAGACACAGUGCAGGACCGCUGAUGUGAACCAGUCCUGUGGUUGUAGCUCAUGCAUUACAUCAGACUCUCUUAGUGUUCAGUUUAUUAGUACAGAAGGUCUUACUAUUAUUAUUAUCAUUAUUACUAUUCAGUCUCCUGUUAUUCAGCUUAGAGCGGUUAUAUUUUGGCACAAAUGACUUUUUUAAGUAAUUAAGUUUUAUAAAGUCACUGCUGCUGAAAUGGGUUCCAUAUACAAUGUUUAAGGAUUUUUAGGGAACCUGUUUUUCACACAAUCAUGUCUACAAUCUUUUAGUGUGUGUUCAGUCAUCAUUUUGAGCUGUUUCCAGACAUCUCACCAGGUCUGAUUUAGUUCAUGUUCGCCAUGCACCUCUGGGGUUCAGGGUUUGAUUCUCACCCCUGCCCUGUAUGAGAAGUUUGCAUCUUCUCCUUUGGGAGUUUCUUUCAGGUACAAAGACAGUCCAGAGACAUGCACUGUAGGUUGAUGAACAUCUUUACACGCAGAUUUCCCUAUGUUGGUAGCCCAUCCAGGGUGUCCCACAAGUUCCCUGGGACAUGCUUUGUGUAGGAUAAGUGGUACAGAAGAUGAGUGGAUGGAUUUUUUUUUUAGUUUGUUUGUUUGUUUAUAUGUAUAAUACUUUUAAAAUGAUAUCAGACCCAUUACACUUUUCUUUUCUUUUCAUUUGCUUUGUGGUGGACACAUGGAAUACUUUUUUAGAAUAAUAGCAUGAAAUGUAUGUGUAGAGUGUAGAGAAAUGUAUGUACGUUCUCAGAAUUAUCAUUAUCAUUAUCAGAAUUAUCAGAAUUAUCUCAGAAUUUUCGAAAGCUACGAAAUCAACAGCUUCGAUUUCAUGACUGCAAUAAUUACUUUCCACCACCAGAUGUCGAAGUUUUCAAUGUUCUGGCGCAUCAGAAAGUAGGAUUUUGUGAUUUCCUGUUUACAUAGACAAUAAAUGUAAUUUAAAUGUAAUAAACAAUUAGUGAAAUCUUAUUUGUUAGAAAGGAAUAAGCUUAUGAAAGAAAUGUUCAGCUUGCUGUCAAUAAAGAAUUAAAAUUGGUCUCA